CCUUAAAAAGAGCUAUACCAUAUGAUAUGUUUUGCAAUUACACGAUAAUAUUAUUAUUGAUUCAAUCUUAUAUAAAAUUGUGUUUAAGCUUUCUUGAACCUGGCAUAUGGUCAUACGAUAUAGUCAAAAAUGAACAGUAUAUAGCAAUAUCAAAGAUAUUGUAUAAAGAUUCUACCUUAUAUGCUACAGUGCUUUGUCAUAAUGUUUCAUUCAAAAUGAAAGUAAGUUGGGUUUUAAGACUUAGCCCAUGUGGUGAUGAAUACUCUUAUAUUGCUGAUAAAAAUGAUUUAAUUGGUACUUAUUUUAUUUCUCCACAAUCUAAACCACUUCAAUUUUCUUAUCGUACAAUUGAAUUUCAAUUAUCUAAGAAUUAUAAUCAAGAUCCUAUAUUACCUUUUACAUUGUGUGAGAAUGGAUAUUUUCAUUUUGAAGAUGAAUCAUAUAUGAAACAUGAAGUAUUUGGGGUUGAAGAGAAUAAAAAUAUAGGCUCCCAAAUUAUUACAUCUUACAAAAAUGCUUUAAAUAAUUAUAGAGUUAAUUAUGGUCAAACUAAAAUUGUAGAUGAUCCUAUAUCUUUUAAUAGAUAUAAUACAACUUCUCAUACUCCUGUUGAUUACAAUAGCAAAAAUAUUGAUAUUAAGAAUGACCAAGAUGUUGAGGCUAUAGAUAUUUUACCAAAAGCAAGUACCAAAAAAAUUUCUAUUCUUGUUCAAGAGAAUAUUACAAAACCGAUUCCUCCUUUAAUUAAUCCCAGAGCUAGGAGCAGACGGAAAAAUAGUUCAUUAAUCCGCAAGAGAAGCCUUUUAAAAUUUGAAAAUCCCGAAGGUGUUAUAUCAAAAACAUGGAAGACGGGCAAUUACUUGCUGAUACUAAAAUUCGAGGUUGAACCGGAUGAUGAAAAUGUUAAAAUUUCUAAAUACGCUACGGUUCGUGUGGAAAUGAAAAGCUCUUCCGGGAAAUAUUUAUCUGCUCACGAUUGGCCUAUGUUACCAUUUUACGCUUGCAUGUGCGCUCUAUACCUGAUAUACAUGAUCGUCUGGAGUUUUUGGUGCAUAUAUUAUUACAAAGAACUUCUGAGAAUUCAAUAUUGCAUCGCGGCCGUUAUUUUCCUUGGAUUUUUAGAGAAAUCACUUUUCCUUGGGGAGUAUCACACCGUAAAUUCUACUGGUAAUUCGAUUUAUGGAGCCCUUGUUUUUGCCGAAUUAAUAUCGGCUCUUAAACGGGCUUUAUCACGCAUCCUCAUAAUUAUAGCAUGUAUCGGGUACGGGAUAGUCAAACCCAGACUAGGUUCUACCAUGAAACGCGUCAUAUAUCUUGGCUUCGUUUAUUUCAUAUUUGCCUGGAUCGACGGAAUCUUGCGCGUUAGCAAAAACAAGGCUAAUCCUAACAGCAUAAUCAUAUUCGCCACCAUUCCAGUUGCCUUCCUUGACUCCGUUAUUUGCUGGUGGGUGUUUUCUGGCUUAGUCAAUACCCUAAGAACUUUGAAACUACGGCACAACGUUGUUAAACUGACCAUGUAUCGAUAUUUCACUAACGUUUUGGUAUUUUGCGUAAUAGCCUCUAUAGCUUUCAUGCUUUGGUCGUUUAAAGAACACAAAUUGAUAACUUGCCUCAAGAAUUGGCGACAAAUUUGGCUCGACGAAGCAUUUUGGCAUCUCCUCUUUUCGCUCAUUCUUUUUGCCAUCAUUAUCUUAUGGCGACCCUCUGCAAAUAAUCAAAGAUACGCCUUCUCUCCUUUGCUCGAUGCAAAUUCCGACGAUGAAAUUAAUGGGAUCGUCGAGGAUCUGGAAGAAGAUGAAGAAAAUGAGCUUUACAGUGCCAAAGGUGUCGUUAAGAUGAGAUCAUUUACUUCUGAAGAUAGAAGGCCGUUGGUUUCUCAUAAAAGCAACUCCAAUCAUGCCAAGAAUACUACAGAAGAUGACUUGAAAUGGAUUGAGGAUAACAUACCUCCAUUGAUAGCCGACACCGCUUUACCCAACAUUCUAGAUUCGGAAGAGGAAGAAAAUAUUAGAAGAUUUGAAAUUGGAAAAAUGCAAUAGGAAUUGUUAGUAUUUUAAUAAUCAAUUUGAAGUGUAACACGCUAUAUUAAUUACAAAAUUUUAAAUUGUAAAAAAAUCAUAUUCAUUAAUGUGUUUAAUUUUAUAAACCUAAAACUAUAAGGAUAUCGUCACAUUAAUCAUUAUAAUGUUAAAAAUGUUUUAUUUUUUGAUUUAUUUUGUUAUUUAUUUCGAAGAGUGACAUUAUUAUUUUUC